AUGAAAAUUAAUUAUUCAAUUUUAGUUCUUUGCCUUUUGGGAUGUUAUGUGAAAUUGCAAUCAGUUGCAGCUGUUGACUCCUCAUUAGAAAUAGAAGUUGAAUUAGAAGAUUCCCCAAAGAUAAAUGGUGUCAGGAAUAGAUCUAAACGAAACUUCGUCGCGUUCAAACGCCAUCGGUGGUACUCGAAAACAAUCCCAUACAUCUUGGACAAAUCUUUAGGAUCAUCAGGGAAACAAGCCUUCAGAGAAGCCGUCAAGGAGUUUCGGGGAAAGACUUGUCUCAGAUUCACUCCCUACACAAAUGAGAAAGAUUACCUUUGGGUUUAUCGAGGAUCAGGAUGCUCCUCCGUUACUGGGAGAUCUGGCGGCAACCAAACUAUGUCUCUUGGAGAGGGUUGCCAUAGAAAGGGUGUUGUCAUCCACGAGCUGCUGCAUGCACUGGGUAUGACGCACGAACAUUGCAGAGCCGACAGAAACGAGUUCAUCAGGAUCAACAUGGAAAAUAUCAAGAAAGAUGCCAGGAUUGAGUACCGGGUAUGGAGAGGUUUCGUUACUAAAGAGCCUUACGACUAUGGAUCCAUAAUGCACUAUGGGUUCAACUUCUUCAGCAUCGAUCCCAAGAAACCAACCAUUGUCAAGUUAAUGCCUGGUGGUAAGCAGAUGGGCCAAAGAAAAGGAUUCUCAGAUCUUGAUUUGAGAAAAAUUAACAGGUUCUACAACUGUUUGAAUUACAUUAAAUCAAUUCCAGCGCCCGAAAAGGAAGUUUUCAAGAUAGUGUCAGGAGACUGUGACUUUGAGCAAGGAUUUUGUAAUUGGGAAAACUGGAUCAACAAAGAACAAGAUCAAUUUGAUUGGAAGAUAGGGACAACUGUGAUCAAAACUUGUCCUGGAACAAACCUGCAACACCCUUCUAAACCGUUCGUUACUGGAAGUUUCAUCUUCUUCGAUAAACCGCUACGCAAACCCGCCGAGUACAUGAGCAGCAGCGUGCUUUCUAGUGAAGGAUUCUUCACAGGACUGAACUGCCUAAGUUUCCACUAUUGCAUGCAGUCAGGUGGAUAUCUGCGAGUGUUUAUAAAGGAGGCCGAGUCAAAAGAGAAGAACCCGUAUGUUUUGAUCUGGGAAGAGAUGGGUCUGCAAGGAAACAGACUGGACAAGAUGGAGAAAACGAUUUCAGGCAAUAUGAUCAAGAUUUAUAUCGAAGGAAUAAAAAGCCCUAAUCAAGAUGGAUUUGUCGCCGUUGAUGACAUUAGCGUCAAUCAGGGAAAGGCUUGUGUUGGGUAA